GACAAAAAAGCGAACAUCUCGUCGUUUCCUUUUUAUCGCCUUCUGCCCUCUGCAGAUCCAUCUUCUUCAUCGCUCUUCAACACAAAUUCAAACUUCAAAAUAAACAAAUUUCCGCUAAUUUAUACUAAUUUCGUUAUCGUGCAGUUUUCUCAACUUUGAGAGCUAACUGAGCUAUUUUUUUUUUUGCCUUAAUUUGUUCUUCAAGUACAUUGCGUUGUUUCUGAAACCCCAAUGGGUGCUUGCACUUCUAGACCCUCAAAUUAUUCCAGCGACAGCAUUACUGUCGCCGGAAACGGAGCUACACUUCCGGUGAAAGCUACUCCGAACAAUAAUGAGGACGUUAACAGCCAUCAGCAAGAAAGGACGAAAAAGGACGAAGCUGAUGUAGGUAAAAAGUCACCUUUUUUCCCUUUCUACAGUCCUAGUCCGGCGCAUUAUUUGUUCUCCAAGAAAUCUCCGUUGAGAUCUCCGGCGAAUGCCAGCUCUAAUUCUACUCCUCGAAGGUUUUUUAAACGGCCAUUUCCUCCGCCGUCUCCGGCGAAACACAUCCGUGCUGUGUUGGCUCGGCGACACGGCUCUGUGAAACCGAAUGAGUCUGCGAUUCCCGAAGUAAAUGAAACGGAGGUUGGCGGCGGCGGCGCGGGGCUUGAUAAGAGUUUUGGAUUUUCGAAGAAUUUUGGGAACAAGUAUGAACUGGGAGAGGAAGUUGGAAGAGGGCAUUUUGGAUAUACUUGUAAAGCUAAGUUCAAGAAAGGUGAGGUUAAAGGACAAGAAGUUGCUGUAAAAGUCAUCCCCAAAUCAAAGAUGACUACUGCAAUAGCCAUUGAGGAUGUGAGAAGAGAGGUGAAGAUAUUAAGAGCUUUGACAGGACAUAGCAAUUUAGUAAAAUUUUAUGAUUCAUAUGAAGACCACACCAAUGUCUACAUAGUCAUGGAGCUGUGUGAAGGAGGUGAGCUUUUGGAUAGAAUACUCUCUAGAGGUGGAAAGUACUCAGAGGAUGAUGCAAAGACUGUAAUGAUACAAAUACUGAAAGUUGUAGCAUUUUGCCACCUUCAAGGUGUGGUACACCGGGAUCUUAAGCCAGAGAAUUUCUUAUUCACGUCUAAGGAGGAAAAUGCACAACUUAAAGCAAUAGACUUUGGACUGUCUGAUUUUGUGAAGCCAGAUGAAAGACUUAAUGAUAUAGUUGGUAGUGCAUAUUAUGUCGCGCCCGAGGUUCUACAUAGAUCUUAUAGUACAGAGGCUGAUGUUUGGAGUAUAGGUGUCAUAGCAUAUAUCCUAUUGUGUGGAAGCCGUCCUUUUUGGGCUCGAACAGAAUCUGGGAUAUUUAGGUCUGUCCUCAAAGCUGAUCCAAGUUUUGAAGAACAGCCUUGGCCUACAUUAUCUUCUGAGGCGAAAGACUUUGUGAAACGUCUAUUGAAUAAGGAUCCCCGGAAAAGAAUGACUGCAGCUCAGGCUUUGGGUCAUCCAUGGAUAAAGAAUAGUCACAACAUAGAAGUGGCUUUGGAUAUUCUGAUAUUCAAACUGAUGAAGGCUUACAUGCGGUCCUCUGCUCUUAGGAAAGCUGCACUACGGGCUUUGUCAAAGACAUUGACAGUAGAUGAGCUAUUCUAUUUGAAGGAGCAGUUUGCACUGCUACAACCAAGCAAAAAUGGCACCAUAAGUUUCGACAAUGUUAAAACGGCCCUGAUGAAACAUGCAACAGAUGCAAUGAAGGAAGCUCGCAUCCAUGAUUUUCUUGCAUCGCUUAAUGCGCUGCAGUACAGGAGGAUGGAUUUUGAAGAGUUUUGUGCAGCGGCAUUAAGUGUUCAUCAACUUGAGGCUUUUGAUCGGUGGGAACAACAUGCACGUUGUGCCUAUGAAAUCUUUGAGAAGGAAGGCAAUAGGGCCAUUAUGAUAGAAGAAUUAGCUUCGGAACUUGGUCUUAGCCCUUCGGUUCCUGUCCAUGCUGUUCUACAUGACUGGCUCAGGCACACUGACGGAAAGCUCAGUUUUCUUGGUUUUGCAAAGUUGUUGCAUGGAGUGUCUAGCCGUUCAGUUACAAAAGUUCAAUGAUUCAAGCCCCACUGAAUCAGAAAAUGGUUCUCUUGGUGUAUCCACAUUCUCGUUAUGAAUGCAUUGUUUGGCAGUCAAAUGACCUUGGAGUGAAGAAUGACGAAGAUCAACUUAUGUCCCUCAUUCUGGAGCUUCAUAGAUCUCAUUAUUUUUUCUGGGACUAGUAUGAGAUUCCAUGGAACAACUUUCCAGGAGAGGAUGAGAGGUUUGACCGCCGUGUGUUAUCAGAGCAGUGACAUCCUGCAUAUAGAGUUCUUACUGUAAAGCUGUAGUUAGUUAUGUUUGAUUGCAGGUGAGAGUACUUCUCAGCUGGUUUUUGGUCACACACUAGGUGUUUUAACCUGUUGGACAUGCGCUGAUGUCUACAAUUGCAUUGUGUAAUGUUGUCUACAUGUCUUUCUAGUUUAGUAGUUCCACC